AUGAGUGAAUUGGUUGCCUUAUUUGCACCUGAACCAAUCAAAUUAAUGAUUGACCCAACACGAUAUGUAAUAAUCCCAAGACCAAUUACUAUUCAAUUUCAUAAAUUAAAAUCAUAUUUUCAAAAAGAUCCAAUUGCUACAUUUCAAGUUGUUGCAGCAUUAGUAAGAGAACAAAGAAGAGAAGAAGCACAAAAAUUUCUUUUAGAAAUAAUGACAAAUAGUUCAUUAACACAAUUAAGUCAAUCAAUAGAACGAUAUUUUUAUUUAAUUAUUGGGUCAUUAAAUGCAUAUACAGGAAAUGAACAAAAUAACAAAAUAUGUCAUGAAUAUCUUGAGAAGUCAAAACGAUUUGGAGAUAAUGAAUUUACUGAAUGUGUUUAUGGAUUUAAUGCAUUUUAUUCUAAAAAACCUUGUAAAGAUUACUUUAAACGUGCAUUAGAAUUAAAUAAAAAUUAUGCACCAGCAUUAAUUGGUCUUGCAUUAUGUGAAUUAAAAGAUCACAAAGAUGGAGUUGCAUUAUCUUAUUUUAUUCAAGCACUUAAAAAACAACCAACAAAUGUAAGUAUUAGGUGUGGUAUUGGUAGAAUAUAUUAUUCUCAAAAAGAAAUUAAAUUAGCAAUUCGAUGUUAUGAAAGUGCAUUAGUUCUUGAUACUAUUUGUAUUGAUGCAUUAAUAAAUCUUUCAAGAAUAUAUUGGGAUAUUAGAACUCCACAAACAGUUAAAAGAGCAUUAGAAUUAGCUAAUAGAGCAUUAAUGAUUGAUAAUAAAUGUGCACCAGCAGCUAUAGUACUUUGUGAAGCAGCAAUGAAAUGUAAUAAUUAUAAAGUAGCUUCAGAAUUUGCAAAUAUUGCAAUCAAUUAUGGAAAUGAACAAGAAAAGAUUUAUGGACAUUUUACUUUAGGAAGAAUUGCUCAUCAAAAACAAGAUUUCAUAAAAGCAAAAGAAGAGUAUAAUAUCGCUUAUUUAUCUGAUAAUAAAUGUACUUUCCCUGCAUUACAUUAUAGAAUGGCACAAGUUUUAUUUAGAGAAAAAAAUUAUAUUCAAGUCGAAAAAAUUUUAAUGAACUGUUUAAAAUAUAACGGUGGUGAUUUCGAUGUUUUAAAGUUACUUGGAUUCACUGAAUUAAAACUUAAUAAAAUUAAUGAAACGAUUGAAUAUUUGGAAAAGGCUUCUGUUUUUAAAAUUGAUUAUAAAAUUGAAUUAAUUGUUUCUUCUUUAUUAGAAGAAAAACAGCCAAAACCACUCUUCAAGUAUUGUCAAAUAGCUAAAAUAUUUAUUUGUUAUUAUUUUAUAAUAUAUUAUUGA